UCCUCGCGCGUCUCCCGAGUCUCACCGGUCAAUCUCCUCUCUCUCGCCUCUCAGCCCUCCGAGCCAAGUAAGCUCUCUUCUCUUCUUUAUUAGCUCUUAGUUUUCAUUCCCGGUCAAUGUCUUCUUAUGAUAGUCAAGGUAUUUCUUCCUCAGAUGCCUACGCAUCCGAGGAAUCCUCAACCUCCUCUUCUUCGACCGGGUCCUCUUUAUCCAGUUUCGAGACCCGGUCAGGCCCCAACACCACCGUCCCUGAACCGAAACCUGUUAACCAAAUGCCCGGUCAGGUUUCUCAGGAGAGGGAUGAACCGGUUGACGAUGAGCCGGCUCCCUACGACCAUGACAGCGAGUCGUAUGAGAGAUGGGUGAACCGGCUGGAUGCAGCCGGUUAUUUUCCUCUCCCUUCCAGCUACCCGCUCGACAUCUAUCCCCGGGUCUCUAAGAUUGCCCAAAACAAAGCCCGUAGGAAUCUCCCGGAGGGGUACGUUCUUGAGUACGAUCCCAGUUGGCCCAACAUUAUCGAGCCUCACCGGGAUGAUAGGGUAGGUUUCCAUAUCAUUUCUUUGGAAAGUGGCACCGUCUUCCCCCUGCGUCCCCUUCUAGUCGAGUUGUUCCACUGCUUCAAGAUUCUCCCCGGGCAACUCACACCCAAUGCCCAUCGUUUUCUUAAUGCUUUUGUAAAUAUCUGCUCCCAUCUCAAAAUCGAUCCUUCUCUUCGCUUUUUCCUUUAUUUGUUUGAAGUCCUUCCCGGUAAGUCGGGUUGCGACGGCUAUGUCUACUUCAAGGGCCGUAACGGUCGCCAAUUCAUUUCUGACCUUCCACAAAGCAACCGGCUGUGGAAGGAAAAAUUUGUUUUUAUAAAGUUUCCCACCACGUCUCACUUGGCCGGCUUAGAGUGGAGCGACCACAUCCUGAAGCCGCAAUACACCGAGCCGGCUAGUACUCCAGACUUGGAAGAAAGUUUGGAGAAGCUUCUCCGAGGGGACCCGUUCACCGGGCAAAUGUUUCACUACGGGGCUUGGAUCUGGCGGAUCCAACCGGGUGGCGAGGGUACCCCUACGGCUCAUGAGGCAGCGGGGCACGGGGUACCCACCCCGGGCAACACUGCAGAGGCCGGGGGCCCCAGCCACCCAGAGAUGAACUUCAGAGCAUUUAACAUCCCGGCGAAGAAGACCGGUGGUUCUUCCUCUUCCGCCCCCAAAACUGUACCGGUCCAACAGGAACCGGUAGAGAUCCAUUCAGAUGAGGGGUCUCCUCUGACCGGGAAGACCGGUCAGACCGGGAGGACCACGGCAAACCCUCCUUUGGACAAGGGGAAGGGGAAAGUUCGAACCAAGCACGCCGCCACUACCCAUCCGUUAGCUAAGAGGAGAAGGGGAGAAAACGCCCCAGCUUCAGAAUCACUAGAGGAGCUUUGGGUCAAGAUGGGGCGAAAGCUGAAAGUGAUGGGCGAGGUUGGGCCUGAAACCCUGGAGAGGCUUGCCGAGGAAUCCCCUCCCCGGUCACUCCAGCUGGAGGAGAAGCUGAAAGGAGUCGAGGCCCACAACCGGGAGCUGCAUGACUUGAUAGCCCGGCAGCUUGAUGAGAUGGCCAAUCUCUCAGCAAUUGCCGGGAGGGCCAAGGCAGAGACCCUCCAGCUGAAGGAAGAGAACCUGAAGCUGAUGGAGGACUUGGAGCUGAAGGAGCGAGAGUUCCCCGGCAGGGCCAAGCAAUGGAUGGGGGAGAACUUGGAGGAGACGGCCCGGGUGAUUACAUCCACUCCGGAGGUAACGAUGGAGGCCUUCAAGUUCAUCUACCGGGAGCCCAACGGGAAGGAAAUGGUCACCCAGGUUGGGUCUUAUGGCUUCAUGUCUGGCCAAAAGCGAGACCGGGAGGCCACCCAUGCGAUCCUCGCCGAACGGGAUCCGGACUUCAAUGCUGAAUCAUACGGCCUGGCCCCCAUCCCGGACGAAGAGCCUGCGCCUCCCUUCCCUCUCGAAUAGAUUUCCCGGCUGUGCCCGGUUGUGUUUUGUAAGCUGAAAACUAUGAAUUUUCCCGGGGAUGCCCGGUGUAAUAUGUAAACAUUUAACAUUCUCGUUCCGUUUGAAUGCCAUGUCGAAUUUCCUUACCGGUGAACCUUCCAUAUCUGUUUGCUUGUUGAUUUAUACUUUGCUCUUGCUUCUUAUGAAUUC